GCCCCUUCCUGUCUGUAGUGUGAUUUGGUGGAACAGAAAUCGCGCGCUUUCAGUACACGUUUCAAAACGCAUGCUUCCUCUUGUGCUUAUUGGAGUAAGUAUUCAGCACUCAUGGCCACGGGAGUAGCGGUGAGUGUGCCUGCCUCGGAGCCGGAGUUUGAGCGGAGUGAAGAGGAAGCGCGGGGACAUGAUGCCGAGGAGGAACACACACAGCAGCACCCCGGGCCUGCCCCGGGCCCUCAGCACCGUCUCGCCAAAUUACCCCUGUCCCGGAUUAAAGCCCUGAUGAAGGCUGACCCGGACGUGAGUCUGGCGAGUCAGGAGUCUGUGUUCAUCAUAGCUAAAGCCACGGAGCUGUUUGUGGAAAUGAUCGCCAAGGAUGCGCUUUUUUAUGCACAGCAAGGAAAAAGGAAAACAUUACAGAGGAAAGAUCUAGACAAUGCUAUUGAGGCAGCAGAUGAGUUUGCAUUUCUAGAGGGUACCUUGGACUAACUUGCACCCACCUUCCUUUAAUAAGGAAAAGAUGGGUAUUUUGUUUAUUUUUGUACAGUAUUGGGCUGGGAAACUGUAUUUUCAAGACAGAUGUUUUUUUUUUUUUUUAUAAGUAUGAACAUGUACAGUUUAGAAUAUAUUUACAUACCUGUGUCUGAAAUAUGUCUGUAAAGUGACAGUUUUAUUUGUGAAUAGUACUUUGCUCUUGCCAAAUAUUUUAAUGCUGAAAUAAAAUGUGUUUAUUAUAAA